AUGAGGACGGCCAGUGAUCGCAGACGACAUCUCAUCAAUGCAAUCAAAGACUUGAUAUCCCCAGAAGAGAUUUGCAAGUACCCAGAAGCAGUUAUUGCUACUAGGAACCAAAACAUUCUCCCUCUUGAUGAACUUAUCAACUUAAAGCCAAUCCUUCAGCUCAACCCAACAUACGACGACGUCUACAGCGUAUGCAGUGACGACAGCGAAAUUUCCCACAUGUUUAGCCAAUAUCAAAGACCAUCUUUGAAGCUAAACCUUAAGCUUUCUCAAACAGACCUUAUAGUUUCAGGCUUCCCCAACAAGACGAAGCUCGAAGGAUUCAGGCCAUUCGUUUCGAAGAUUACAGGAAACAAUAAUUUCAAGUUGUCCAAGAAGGAUGACGAUUUCCUUAUCUCGUUUACUUCUCUCGAAGAUACAAUCUCCUUCUGGAGGUCUCUCGCUUAUCUCAGAUUCGAAGGCUGCCAUUUGACAGCAAGAGCAAAUGUUACCCAGAUUAAAUCGUCCAGAGGUAAGCAGAGACGUUCCAGUGGAACAUACGAAAGAAGGUCCAACCUCGAGCAAAAUCGGCCAAAGCCAAAGAUUUUAAUUGAAAGAUCAAACAACAAAUGCAGCCUCAAUAUCGAGAGAAACACACAGAAGACACUUAAUAUUUCUAUUUAA